UAGGUUGUACAUGUUGUAGGUAAUGAGUAGUCCGUUACUUUAGUUCAAUUACACAAGUAACAACUUAAAUACAUACGAGGUAGUGUCUAAUCAUAAAGUACUAGGAAAUCUUGAAUUGGUACUAACUUAAAAUUUGCUUACAAAUUGCAGUUUGUUACCAGUAAGAAACAGGUAAAGCAACAAAUGAGAAUCUGUAUUAUAGUGUAAAGUAAAAUGUAAAAUAAUUCCUGUCACUAUUAGAUUGCUAGUAGCCUAAUUAUCAAAUGUACUAGUCAUGUAAACCUAGAUACUAGUUAGUUUUAAGGUAUAAUAAUGGCUUGCAACCAUUCUGUUCUGAAUGCAAAGGCCACUAAGAUCGUGUUUGUCAGUAUAUUGUUGCCUAAAUAGGAUAUGAAUGUUCACAAGAAUGAUAUAGAUCUACAUACAUUAAGAAGUAGAUGCUUUAUGAGACUGUCUAUGAGCAGUAUGUAUUGGUGUUUUUAUGUUAUUUUUUUGGAGUGUGCAUAAGUCAGUAGUGUUUUUCGUAGUGCUGCUUUUUUCAUGUGUAAUGGUCUGUAAAUGGGAAUUGAUUACCUAAAAUUGUGCUGUCUGAAUGUCGCAGACAUAUGCUGUCUGCUUUUCAGUUUUUACAAGCGCAUCUCAUCUGGAUUUGAAUGUUGUCCGCUUUUAAAAUGCACCUGUGAAGAAUGACGAUCUGUGUUCCUCCUGCAGGUCUGGUGAAGUUAGGAAUUCACUGUAUCACAGGACAGAAGGUGGCCAUAAAGAUAGUUAACAGAGAAAAGCUAUCCGAGUCUGUUCUUAUGAAAGUGGAGAGAGAGAUAGCUAUUCUUAAACUAAUAGAGCACCCUCAUGUCCUAAAACUGUAUGAUGUGUACGAGAAUAACAAAUAUCUGUAUCUAGUGCUGGAACAUGUAUCUGGUGGGGAGCUGUUUGACUACCUGGUAAAGAAAGGCAGAUUGACCCCUAAAGAGGCUAGAAAAUUCUUCAGACAAAUCAUAUCUGCUCUGGACUUCUGUCACAGUCACUCUAUAUGCCACAGAGAUCUCAAGCCUGAAAACCUCCUGCUGGAUGAGAAGAAUAAUAUCAGGAUUGCUGACUUUGGCAUGGCCUCCCUACAGGUUGGGGACAGUCUGCUGGAGACCAGCUGUGGAUCACCCCAUUAUGCAUGUCCUGAGGUCAUCAGGGGAGAGAAAUAUGACGGACGUCGGGCAGAUGUGUGGAGCUGUGGGGUUAUUCUCUUUGCUCUGUUGGUGGGAGCGUUGCCCUUUGACCAUGAUAACCUGCGUCAGCUGUUGGAGAAGGUGAAGAGUGGGGUAUUUCACAUGCCCCACUUCAUUCCUCCAGACUGCCAGGCUCUCCUCCGUGGCAUGAUUGAGGUCAACCCUGAGAAACGCUUCACGUUGGAAGAAAUACAAAAGCACCCUUGGUAUCAAGGGGGCAGGAACGAGCCGUGUCCAGAGCAGCCAGCCCCGAGGCGUGUGUGUGUGAAGAGGAUUCUGUCUCUAACAGAUCUGGACCCUGAUGUUCUGGAGAGCAUGCACUCCCUGGGCUGCUUCAGAGACCGUGUCAAGCUCACCAGAGACCUGCAGUGUGAAGAAGAAAACCAGGAAAAGUUGAUCUACUAUCUUCUGUUGGACAGAAAGGAGCGCUACCCUAGUUAUGAAGAUGAACAUCUUCCACCCAGAAAUGAUAUUGAUCCUCCCCGUAAGCGGGUGGACUCGCCCAUGUUGACCCGUCAUGGGCGCUGUCGGCCGGAGAGAAAGAGUCUGGAGGUACUGAGUGUGACAGAGCAGGGCUCUCCAACACCUCCCCGCAGAGCACUGGAUACCUCUGCACAUAGCCAGAGGUCUCGGUCAGUUAGCGGAGCUUCAACAGGCCUCUCAUCCAGUCCCCUCAGCAGCCCUCGAAGCCCAGUUUUCACUUUCAGCCAAACUGAAGUCACCACUGCUUCCACCACCCAGUCCAAAGACCCCAAAGCAGGAAGUUCCACCACAGCCCGGGUGUCCCAACGCGUGCCUGACCAAAAAACCCAGACCCUACCCACAAAAGCGGCCUCUGACCGCCCCCACCUGCAGUCUAUGAAGUCCCUCCCCCUGCAGACUCCUCCGUCUCCUUCACCCUCCCCCUCUCCAGUCCUGUCCCCCAUUCCUCGUUUCUUCUUCCCUACUCCUUCUGUCCUGAAGUCUGUCACUAAGACCAUCUAUCCUAACUCUCCCCAUGUGUCGCAGGUCACCCCACAGGGCUCCCCACUCCCCACCCCUCUGGGGACCCCUGUGCACCAUCCCCAGCACCCCCCUCCCACCCCGCCCUCCUCCUCCUCCUCUUCCUCCUCUUCACGAGCUGAAGGAGGUGGUGGUGUGGGCGGUGGUUCCAUGUCCCUAACCCCGCCCUCCAGUCCUGGGGGAAGUGGUGGAAUGGCUGCCAGUAGUUCAGCCCACUGGAGGACUCGCCUCAACUCCUUCAAGAACAACCUGCUGGGUUCGCCACGCUUCCACCGUCGAAGGCUACAGGUUCCUACGUCAGAAGAUAUGUCCAGUUUAACUCCAGAGUCCAGCCCAGAGCUGGCAAAGAAGUCUUGGUUUGGAAAUUUCAUCAGUCUGGAGAGGGAAGAGCAAAUAUUCGUGGUGAUCAGAGACAAACCACUAAGCUCAAUCAAGGCUGAUAUUGUCCAUGCCUUUCUAUCAAUUCCCUCCCUGAGUCACAGUGUCAUCUCUCAGACAAGUUUCCGGGCGGAGUACAAGACCUCCGGAGGUCCAUCUGUCUUCCAGAAACCUGUCAAAUUUCAGGUUGACAUCGCCUUCUCUGAAGGAGAGAGAGAACGAGAGCGGGAGAAAGAGAGAGAAAGGGAGGGAAGGAGGGAGACUGGCAUCUACAGUGUCACCUUCACCCUAUUAUCAGGUCCUAGUCGCAGGUUUAAAAGAGUGGUAGAGACCAUUCAAACUCAGCUGCUCAGUACACAUGACCAGCCCUCGGUGCAGGCGCUUACAGAUGAGAAAAAUGGGCUUUCGUCUCGCGCACCCAGCACACCGACCCGACAGAACUCCCGUCGCUCGGAGGGCGGAGGUGAUCGCGGUGAGCGAGCAGAGCGCAGCGAUCGAGGAGAAGGGAGCAGUAUUGGCGGUAGUGUGAGUGUACUACAAAGAAAGGGGUCUGGGAAGGAUAAAACUCGCCUCCUGUCCUCAAAUGGGACCCAGUCUCAACCCUAAGUGAACUAAUCAGACAAGCUGUCAAGCGGGUGGGAACAAUCCCCGCUCUUGACUCCCCCCAGACAUGACUCCCUCAUAGUCCAUCUGCACAGUAGACGACAACAGGUAUACUCAGCCUUGAUUCUCACAUCACUAGUGGAAACCCUGGGAUCCAACUGCGACAAUAGGAGAGUCAGGAGUCUAUCCACAUGGAAGUGUUCUUUCAUGCAAAUAAUCUUCUGAUGAAAAAGAAUUACGAUCAAGUAUCCUUGUUAGGAACAAAGGAUUUGAAAAAUGAAAGCAAGCUGUAUCGCUUAAUAGAAACCCCAGCUAUAAAUUAUUUCAUACUCUACAAACAAGGAGAUUGACAUCCGGUGGACAUCUAAUGGCAACAAACUAUACAAGGAGGAACAAACACCAAGUGGGACAAGAAAGAAUGUCUCCAAAACGUAUAAUCAUCCUCAUUAUCAUCCUCAUCCUCAUCAUCAUAAUCAAUGAUCCAUCAGAAAAUCACAAUGAGCUGUUUGAGGUAGAGAAAAGCAAACAUUGUGGGAAAAAGUGGGAAGUUCUCCAUUCCUUACAGCACUUGGAACACAAAAAAGGAUUUCUAGAACACUAUGUAAAGAAAAUAAUAGGGAUCUUUAGAAUGGCGAUCUAAAUUUUGUAACACAAGUCCUGUGUGAUUAUACCUUCAUGAGCUGAGGACGGAUAAGGCCUUUAGUGAGAUGUUACGUGUUGAAGAUAUAGGCUAUGUUUAACACUGAUUGUUCAAGCUUGUGUUGUAGAUCCUGAACUCUGUGAUAUGUUGUGGAUCUGAAAUCAGUCAGUGUCAGAAAUGCAGUGGAGAGCUGCCCACUGGAAGCUGCAGUUGGCAAAAUUUCCAGUUCUGAAAGUAUCUCAGAUUCAUCCCACUCACUAAGCAGGGCACGGAGGGAUGAGCAGGCAUCCAGAUUUCCCAUGACAUGUUCACACAGAGACCGAACAAGAGGAACAAAAUAGCCAGUCACUCCUUUGUGUCUUACAAAGAGAUAGUGUGAGAAAAAAUGUGAAAGCCUUCACCAGUUUCUCAUGUGAUUCCUGGUAGAACUUCCAUCAUAAAUAGAAGUCCAAAAAAGUAUUUUUUGCUUUACAUUUGAAUAUUUAUAUUAUAAUAUUUCCAGCAACAAAAUUAAGUGAAUUAAAAAAAAAACAUUUUAAUUAAUUAAUUUAUUUAAAUAUAUUUAUUUCAGUGAAUAUUUAUUUAUUUAUUUAUUUAUUUAUUGGAUUAGUGUUGAUGCUACUAAUGUCCAAACGACAGGGGUGGAAUAAUUUCUAACUAGAAAAUGGCAGAAAACUUCAAAUAUUUGAUAUCAAUGCUGCAAAUGUCCUUUUGAAAACCAUUUGAGUAGCCUUCGUUUACCCAUCUCAUUUUCAUUUCAUUUUCAAUAAAAAAGAAGAAAACUCCCAAAGGAGAAAAAGCUGGAGAAAAACUUCAUCCAAGCAAUGGCUCCAUGCCUUGGACGUCUCCCACAGGAAAGAGACUUCUAAACCCUCCAGGAUGUAUGACGUAAAGACUGAAGUGAACCUUAUGAAAGCAGAGGAACAAAACAGAGGGAAUGAGAAGAAGGCCCUCUGUGUUCACUCUUCAUCUUUGAGAAUGUUACUCAGACAAGAGCCCAAAGUUUCGGACUCGUGCGUACCAGGCCAGCCCUUCGUACGAAAUGCGAGCAGUAUUCUUUUUUCACACAUGCACACACACACUCCUUUUCAAAACUGAUCUUGUAAAACAAAAUGAAUGAUAACAGGACUUUGAAACUGGAAUGCAGUGUCCUAAAAAGAGAAUUGUAUUCAAAAAAAUAGUUGUCCCUUUCCUCGCCUACCCACGGGAAUCAGUGAAGUGCUCUCUUAAGUGCAGACUCAGGAUCAGUGGGGCUUUUAAGCUCAUUACAUGUGUGAAUGGGGGAGAACCUGAUCCUGAAUAUCCACUUAAAAGCUCUUUCUCCAAUGAGCCUCUGCUCUGAAGCCCAGAAUCUGACCAUAAUGCUUCACUCUCUCUCUCUCUCUUUCUCUCUCUCCAUCUCUCCCUCCAUUCCACUCUUUUCCUGACGCAAGGAGCACUAAAUGCAAAGCAAGGUUUUGCUCUGGUCCUCCCUCUGCCACCAUCCCGCAGCCAUCACAUACACUUCUGCCCAAAAAUAGUAUAGCUGAAGACAAAGCUUCGGACGGUUCAGACAUCGAGCAGCUCCUGCAUCAUCCUGAAUUGAUUUCCCAUAGCACAUUGAAUAUAUUUCACUACUGUUGAAUGUUUAGGUGCAUUGUUCAUUAGAUAUAAUAGGGGGUAUGUUCU